UCUGGGAAUGGGAAUCGCGCGAGUUACGGCGAUGGAGAGAGGAGAGAAAAGAGAGAGCGCCUCGCCGGCGAGGGUGAGAGGUACGGACUCCGGCGAUCAAUGGCAUCUUCCAAGGGAUAGUGAGAGAGGAAGAGAGGCGGACCAGCGUCGUCUUUUACCGGCGACGUAUCGAAGGCGCUGGUUUAUUCUUCCCCAGCAUCGACGACGGCGAGCACCGGGAGGGAGGGGGGGGGGGGGAAUAGAGAGACAGGGCGUCGGGAGCGAGCGGAAUGGGUCUGAGGCGUCGUAAACCGAUGGUUUUUGAGUAGCAAUGAUGGCUCUCGGCGGCUCACCUUCGUCUCCGGUGAGCCAUGACUGUGGCGCCCCCGGUAAGACGAAGACAUACAGAGAGAGAGAGAGAUAGAGAUAGAGAGGUCUCCCUUUUUCCUCAUUAAAGCAACUCCGACGAGCUACCUUGCGCCGUCGGAUGGCGAGGGCGACGGUGAAGGUUCACGGACAAUGACCCAGUUGGAGCAGCCAUAGUGCAGUCUGCCAGUGGGCUUCCAACCGUUGUUCCGGCAAUGCCGAUCCGGACAACUUCCUGGAUCAAGUGUCAGGGAGAAGAUCGCCAAGAGACCUAAAGUAGGAUGGCUCUUUCCUUUGUUUUUGUCUCCCCCUCUAGUUUUGUUGCUUGCAAUGCUAUCCAAUGUGAUAAUCAUGUAUCACAUAAACGUUUAGGACAUCCAAAUUCUCAUGUACUUCGAGUCUUGCUUAAAUCUAGGGUUUUGCCCAAGAUUUUAUUUUUAGUAUAUUUUAUCAUCUCGCAAAAGUCAACAUUCAACAUAAAAUAUUGUUUUUUAUAUUAUCAACACGAUUCUCUAUACCUCAUGUAAAAAAAUUCUUCGAAUCAACACACUAAACAAACAAACCACUUGUUUGCUUGGGAAUAAAAACUCUUUCUGUGAAUGAUGAUAUUGAGUGUGAAUCUUGCAAACUUGGUAAAAACAGAACCCUUUCUUUUUCUCUACAUCAGAUUCACACCACCAAACCUUUCAAACUUGUUCAUUCUGAUUGGUGGGGCAUUGCAUUUGUAAUAUUUCAUGAACGUUACAAAUACUUUGUUACCUUUAUUGUUGAUUUCACUCGUUUUACUUGGGUAUAUUUCCUUGGAUCUUAAAGCGAGGUUAACUAUGUGUUUAGAGUCUUUCUUGCACUAGUCGAACACAGUUUUCUGCCAAAAUCAAAAUAUUGCAAUUUGAUACGGGUGGGGAAUAUAUGUCAAAUGAAUUUCAGCUUUUCCUUCAAAGUCAUGGCAUCAUAUCUCAGCGCUCUUGUUUCUACACUCCACAACAAAACGAUGUCGCCGAAAGAAAAAAAUCGCCAUCUGCUUGAUGUUAUUUGAACUCCUCCUUAUUGAGCCUUGUGUUCAUUCCUAGUUUUGGUGCGAGCCUUUACCUAAUGCUGUUUAUUUAAUUAACGAAUUGCCCUCCCCUACCUUGAACAAUCGGUCCCCCUAUUUUUGUUUGUUUAGGCAUCCACCAGAUUAUUCUAAUCUUCUGCUCAAUCUGUUAAAUGUGCUUUCUUGGGGUAUGCUAGAGCGCAAAAAGGGUUUCUUUGUUAUGAUCCUCACACUCGUUGAACUCGUGUUUCUAGAAAUGUAGUUUUCUUUGAGAAUUAACUAUUCUUUAGCUCAGAUCAAAUUUCAAAAUCCUUUUCUCUGUCUAUUCUACCGGAUUUCUCCGAGUCACGUACACCUAUACAGAGGUUUAACCCGGAUUAUGUUUAUCAUAGACGUCUUCCUCCUACAUCUGGUCCUCCUACAAGUCCUACUAUGGUCCCUACGCCACCUCCUGCAGAAUCUGAUCCAGCCAGUUGAGAGUUCUCUUCAAUCAACGUCUUGGGGUUGUGCCAUCUGCCUGAAGCAAAAAAUCAUCUUAUCCUCGUGAAGAUUGCCAAAUAAUAACAUGAGUCUUUUGUCACAAGCUGAGGAAAUAAAGGAAGGGUUCCUCUCCAAAGCUGUUGGAAACGCUAUUAAGUGGACACAAGUACCUGGCCUAAAGCUACAUAAUCAAGGUUCAGAUGGAACUUUCUAUGUCUCUUGUGACUGCAUUGGAGUGGCUGCAAGAGCUCAUGUCACUAUGCCUUUUGAUCUAGUUGAGAUAAAUGAAGUCCUCAAAGACAGGCCAUCUUGGUCAAGACUUUGCCGGAAAAUGAGUGUUAUCAACACAUAUCUGACUAGCUGUGGAAAUACUAUUGAAUUAAUCUCCACACAGUAUUAUUCCCCCACAAACUUGGCUUCUGCUCGAGACUUCUGGACAUUGAGAUAUACUUCUGUAUUAGAUGAUGGAAGCAUUGUGGUCUGCGAAGGGUCUGUUUGUGGUUCUCAUGUUGCACCAUGUCCACCUACUGCCAUAGAAUUUAUCAGGGGAGAGAAGCUGGCUAGUGGUUAUAUAAUCUGCCCUAAUGAAGAAGGAUCGACCAUAUAUAUGGUUGAACACUUUGAUAUGGAGGCAUCUUCUGUUCCGGAGCUGAUAAGACCCCUUUAUGAGUCACCUGAACUUGUGGCGAAGCAGAUGAUUCUUGCUGCACUUCAUUAUAUUGAACAUAUGGCCAAUGAGAAAAGUGGUAAGCUGAAACAAGCUAGCUGUGAGGAUCCUGUUUCUAUGAGAUUUAUCAGUCAAAGACUUAGCAGGGACUUCAAUGAAGCUGUGAAUGGAUUUCGUGAAGACGGGUGGACUUUGUUGAAUGUUGAUACCUCUCAUGAUCUUAUGUUAUCCGUCAAGACAAUUAAGAGUUCUGGAGCAAAUCCAAAUGAUUAUAAUGUUCUUUGUAUAAGAUCGGCUAUCCUUCUUCAUAAUGUUUUUCCUGCGGACAUGACAAGGGCUCUGAAAGAGCACUUAUCAGCUUGGGUAUACAAGUUCUCUGGCUGUGAUUCUUCUGAUCCAUGUUCAGAAGCUGUUAGCUUUGCCUCUAAGUCAAACAGUGUUCAUAAUCUUGUGGAAUCUACUGAUCUGCUUGGCUACACAAGUAGCGAUGAGGCAUUGGAAGCAACUCGAUUUAAAUACAAUCCAGAUUGCAUGCCUAAUGUUUCUUCUGGGGAUCUAUAUCAUUUGAUGCUUAUCAAUGGAAUGGAAGAUACUGGUUUUGGUGCUUGCUCAGAACUAAUAUGUGCACCAUAUGAAAAAUCUAUGUUCAUUCAGUCUUUUGUAUUGUCGUUUGGAUUUCGAGUUAUCAUGCUGGGCUCAUCUCCAGAGUCUGGGACAUCAACUGAUUUGACACCAAAGGUUGAAUCUAAUAAGAGGAAAGCACUAACAAGUUCUACGCCACCACCCUCGCUACUGGUUCUUGCCUUCGAGUUUCCUUUUCAGGGUGAUAUUCCAGAAGGUCUAGUAGUGAUGGCUCGCCAGUACAUUCAAAGUGUAAUUUCUUCUGCCAAAGAUCUAGCUCUGGAAGUAAUGAUGUCUGGAGAAAGACCUGAAAAGAGUGCCAAAAAAGAUAUCCCGGAGACAGCUGUUGUAAAUCCUAAUGCAUCCUUUGCAGACAACCUUGCUACCUUGUUAUGUCUAAGCUAUAACUCUAUAAAAAUUCAAAAGAGAUCACUCGUAGGCUUGUAUCCGCUUGACAUCAAUUAUACUGGUUCAUUCUUGGAACUUGUGCAGCACCUUCCACAUGCCAUUCUCUGUGUCUCAUUUUCGUCUAUUCCAGUGCCUUUAUACGCUAACGACCAAGCAAUGACAAUGCUAGAGGCUACAGAAGAUACCCUGCAAAUGGUCGAGAUGGAGAGGAUCCUCGGCUUCUUUGAUGAUUACCAUACACUGCGUUCUGUCGUCCCAGUUGUACUGUAUCUGGGGUAUUGUAAUUUGCGGAAGGGAGUUGGUUUGACAUUAGACGAUAACAUCUUCUCCUAUAAAAAAGGUGUGGUGUGGCAAGUGCAGCACUAUGAUGGUUCAAUCCAUUGCCUUGCUAUGGCGUUUCAAGAUUGGAAACACAUGUAAGAAUUUUCAUUUCGGUUGUGGAUAUUGUCCAUUUGCCUCUUCGGAUUGUGGACCAUUUGAGCGCUUUGAAUUGGUACCUUUUGUUUUCGCGUUUGUAUAGUUUUCAUAAAUGUCUUGAUAAUCUACUCAGGAUGGAUGUUUCGACAUGAGUUGUUUGAUCUGAAUAGUUUUACUUACGUAUAUAAUAGGUAAGAAUUAGAACUUAAUAAUGUUUCUUAUGCUUGUGCUGUGCUAUUUGUUCAUUUGUUUUUAGUUAUGGGUGUUGUGGAAGUCUGGA